CCUGGGGGCGGGCCACACAACCCCCUCGUGGGGUGAGGAGGGAACCGGUUGUUAAAUUUUUGGCAGCUUAUCACUGCGUGCGACCCGGAGCGAGUGAAGGACCCACUGCCGACGUGCCGAUGAAGACCCGGACUGCCACCAGAAACCUGUUUGUCAAGGCCACCGCUAGUCCUGCCCGCUGCUAAGCCAUGGUGUGUGGCUGCAAGUGAGGAGCAGGCAAAUACAGACUGCAAAGGAGGAUGAAGGGCGAGGAUCAUUGCACAGGAUGUGUUCGCUAGCCUCUCUGAGGAGCAGGAGGACAGCUCCGCCACCCUGUGCCCCCUGCCAGGGGCUCCUGCUUAGCAAUGUUGCCGGCGCUCAGCUGUGAUACCGGGCCCCCUUUGUGAAAGCAGCUGGUGGGAUCAUCUUUCCUGCAGCCCUCACAGCAAAUGGGCUUCAUGGGCGCAGCAGCUGGGGAUGGCGCCUUGCCCCACUGAGACCAUGUCAGAAGGGCUGCACAGGGAGCCAGAGCCAGACUGUCCUGUUUGCUGGAACCCCUACAACAACACCUUCCGUACCCCAAAGCUCCUGGAGUGCCAGCACUCUUUUUGCAUCGAGUGCCUGGCACACCUGAGCCUGGUGUCCCCUGCCCGCAACCGGCUGCAAUGCCCACUCUGCCGCCACCCCACAGUGCUCCCCUUCAACCAGCCCAUCACUGAGCUGCCCACCAACUCAGAUGUCCUGCGGCUGCUCAAACUGGAGCCCAACCAUAUCAUCCUGGAGGGCCGGCAGCUGUGCCUAAAGGACGAGCGGAAAUCACGGUACUUCCUGCGCCAGCCCAGGGUUUAUACCCUCAACCUGGGAACAGAUCCAGGGCCCAGGCUAGGUAGCUCCCAAGCUUCCCCUAGGCCGACCUCCAGCCCCAGCCGCUCUUCCCUUCGGCAGUGCAUCCGCCACCCCCAGUUCCGCAUCUUCGCCUACCUGAUGGCCAUCAUCCUCAGCAUGACACUGCUGCUCAUCUUCUCCAUCUUCUGGACCAAGCAGUUCCUGUGGGGUAUAGGCUGAGGGCUUGGCAAACCCCACAACUGGAGCUCAGAGUUCAACAUCUUCUCAGACAGCAAAAGGUGCCAGGUGACAUCAGCUACUUGGCAUCUGCUCUGGGCAGGGGAGCCCUCUCUGCACCCUCCAGGACCAUCUCUGCAGGCUCUGGCUAAUGAGCUCUGUUCCUGAUCUCUUCUCAGUGAUACACCCAGCCAUACUAGUGGUCUGGCUGCAUCCCAAGAGCUGGGGGCUCCCCGGCAGCACUGAGCAUUGUGCACCAACAGCAGCAGAACCUGUAUGAUGUUCUAGAACUGCCCCAUCAGCUGAAGCUCUUUGCUGCCUGUCAUGGGGUCUGGGGCCCCAACAUGAGCUCCAGGGCACUAUGGGAAUACAGAUGCUCAUAGUAGUGGGCAACAGGGCCAUUAUACUGAAUGGCCAUGACUCAAGAGGAGGGGAUGCUGCAAACCCCAGCCCAGGAGGAAUGAGCCAGAACCUUAUGGAAAGUGAAGAUUUCUACAGCCUCGCCUGUGACUCAUCUUCUUGUCUCUCCUGGGAUAAUACCACGGAUCUGGGUGCCACCAAGGACAACAUGCAGGCCAGGACAUUCAUGUCCACAGACUGACACCCCCUCCUCCUCUGCUCUCACCCCUCAACCUCACUUUCUUUUCCAGAGGCAAGAAAAUAAAUGUGAACGGUUUCCAUUUCCAUGGGGCAGACACGGAUUGCCUGAACAGAGAAAGCACCAGUGUCUGUCCUAUUUCCUUGUCCUGCCUCUGGAUUAAGGCCAGUGGGUUCAGAUUGCAGCAGCUCUGUUUGAAGGGCAGCAUGGGGAAGGCUGUUCCAACUCCUCAGGUUUGCACUGACAUGUGAUUCCUUGGCUGUGCCUGUUCUACACCAAGAUGGGCUCAGUAGCAGUGACAGUGUUCCCCAUUGUGUACCUGGCUGACAGCUGGCAGGAACUGCAUGGUACUCUCACUGUGGGUAACUACUUUAGUCCCCAGGAGUGCUCAGUAUCUACACAGCCUGAGCAGCUUUGUUUCUUUAACAUUUACUCCAUCAGCCCAUCAUAAGUUGUGCUUUAGUCAUACUGAGCAACCCUGGGCCUCGCUAAUGUGGAUGGGAGACCUUUAAGGAAGCAAUAGCCAUGAGCCAGUCAGGGGUCUCUUCCCUUUGCCUCAGCACUCAACCAGUGUUCUGGAGGUGCUGUCUUUACCAAGUGAGACCUCAGGUCCCAGGCAGUCAAUAAAGAGCAGGUGUGGCAGCCACUGGCCACAUGCCAGGUGGGAUAAUUACAUUCUGUUUCCUGCAGUAAGAGUUAUGGAAGUUUGGCCUCAUGUCCUUCCCCAGACUGUUGGGGAAGUUUACUGUGUGCUGUCAUGCAGUAGGUGUGUUUCACCUCAGAGUUGGCUGCAUUUCAGGGGUGGGAGCUGCAAUCCAAGAGGUAGGAACAUAGUUGCAGCAAUGCUGGAAUUCAACUGCCACAACUGGGGAAGGAAAGGGCCCCACUUUUAACAGUUUGUUCGGCCAUCAGAAAAGGCCUUGGCCUGCAGACAGUGUCAUGGGGAAGAGGGUGGAGCUUCCUUCUUGCUGCAGGCUGUACCCCACCACCCCAUUGGUGGCUCAAGUCUCCAUCAUAGCAGGCAAUUCCUGUUGAUGUGAGAAAGGGGGCAGGUAACAUGAAGAUGGAACCCAUCGCUCCUCUUGGCAUAUUAACCCAUCCCUUCUGCUGCAGAGACUGACAAGUCUGGACUCCCAUGUGGGGAACAACAGCCUGAUGGAUGGGGUGAAGCCAGGAGGAGAAGAGAAAAUAGAAGCUGGAGUCACUAAGGAAACUAUAAGGGACUGGAUGGCUUCGGAGUGGAGGCUGCUGGUUUGGAUCCAGUUGUUACCAUCUGAGAGCUGGCAUGGGCCUCUCUACAAUGAAUUCCAUGAUCAGCAGGCAGGUGGCUACAUUUAUUUAAUAAAGCAAGUCCUGCUAGGUCAGAGUCCAGCUAGACCUCAGCCUGUUCCAGCAGCAGCUCCUUCUGCUAGCACCUCUGUCUAAGGUCACUGUAGCUGAUGCAACCCAGAGGAGGGACAGGGCGGGGUAGCUGAAGGGAACUCAAAUGAUGUAUUGCUGCUCAAUCAAGUGAUUUCUAUUUGCCUGUAAACUACAGUGUAACCUUGUUUAAGGUACUGUCCAGAAAACCAAACAUCGGUUGCUUAGUAAAGAUGGAUCUUAAAAGAGCAAAUAAAUUGCACUGGAUAGCUCAGGGGAUAUUUUAAGUGGUGUCUCCAGGCCAGGGCUGACUAGAAGUGGUAGGACUUGUUUUAGGUUUAUAUGCAAUGUCUGUGCUGCACUUUGGCCGUAUGUUGCCACUACAACCCCUGGGCCCGAAAGAUGGCCACUCCUAGCAGAGUACGCACCAGGCAGAGAACAUGAAAAGGUGGUAGUAGCUAGACCAACUGUAAGAGGCCAAUCAAUUGAG